CCUUUUUCCGUGCCAUAUUUUGUUUGUCUACUUCACAAAAAAGAAAUCUGAACUAGUAAACCAUAAAUAAUCAAUUCUCUAAAAUCAAAGAAUGUAAAAUUCAAGAAACAUACAAAAUUUUCAUAUAAACACACGACACGUGCAGGGCAGAUUCGGGCAGUCUUGUUGAUGCAGGCUAAUGUUGCGUAAAAAAGUAGGCACAUUUGCGUACAAACAUGGCGUCGAUCAAUAGUCGAAGAAGAUAUUUACGAAAAUUCAAAUGAUAAUUGUUUGAUCAUGGUGAAUUAUAAAGUACAUAGAGUACGAUUUGUUCCAUAUACACCUCAAGCUAUACAUUGUUUAGCUGUUGAAGGAAGAAAACGGCCAAGAAUUGCCGUUUCAAGGUAUUUUAUCGAAGCUUCCAAUUGCACGUGUUUAUGGUUAUUUAUAUGGUUUAUCAUUUAUUAUUGUGGUAAAGAAAAUGAGUGUUUUAUCUUUCAGAGCGGACAGCAGCAUUGAGAUAUGGAGUAUUGAAGAUAACUGGUAUUUGGAAAGGGUAAUGAAUUUUCAGUUUAUGUCAACCAUUCAGCCGAUUCAGGAUAGGGUUAGAAUUUGGUUAGGGUAUUAAAGUGUUUAAGUUGGGAUGAAGAACUCAAAAUAGAGUGAUUUGAGAGGUGGGGGAUUUUCAGUUUGUGUUGACCCAAUUCUCCCCAUUGGGUCAUACCAGAAAACAUCUGAACCUUCCCCACAGAGGAAAUUGUAAUUAACCCCCCUCCCCCCCCUUUUUAGAUGUCCUAAUACACUUACUAUUAUCACAAACAAAUGUUUUUCCUCUUGCAAUCCGGAUGGCAGAAAUUUCCUCCAUGGGCGUAGUGUGGAAUGACCCAUUCCAUCACUUUUCUAAUUCUAACUCCCUACUAGAAAAUAUGUGGAUGUAAAGAGACGUCUGUGGAAGCUCUUGUUUGGUCGGGCUCUCGUCUAUUUUCAUCUGGUCUUCAUGGGGAAAUCACAGAAUGGGAUCUCAAUAAACUUAACGUGAAGGUGCGUUGCCCGCGUCUAAUCAAGUGAAAUGUGCACCUGACAUUUUAUUUUAUCUAAAACAACCUGCUUGCUACUGUAGACAUGUGUUGAUUCCUAUGGUGGAGCAGUGUGGAGCCUUGCUGUUAAUCAUGAACAAACAUUAAUGGCGGUAUGUUGUGGUGGGAAUUAGAUUACUCACAAGUUAUCUUUUGCAUAUACUGUGAACCACCCUUGUUCUCGUAGUUUAUCGACUCGCUAUGUGCCACACAAACCCAGGGAAUAACAAUGGUAUAUGUAGUAAACUUGACACUCAAAAUUUCAUCAUUUUAUUUUCUAUUAGGCUGGUUGUGAGGAUGGCUGUGUACGUUUGUUUGAUAUCACAUCUGGAGACAUUGAAUAUGCUCGUGUUUUCAGCAAACAGGAAGGUAAAUUCAUCGGGACUCACCUCAUUAAAAAAAGUUCAAACUUCCACAUCCCCAUUAAAAACACAAAAUUUACCCCCCCCCCCAUUAAAAAAAUAAAACUCCCCCCUCCCCAUUAAAAAAAAACAUAAAACUUCCCCCCUCCCAAUAAAAACAUAAAACUUCCCCCUUCAUUAAAAAAGUAAAUCAUCCCCCUCCCUAUUAAAAACAUAAAACUCACCCCCUCAUUAAAAAAGUAAAACUCCCCCCUCCCCAUUAAAAACAUAAAACUCACCCCCCCCCUCCCUAAUUAAAAAAGUAAAACUUCCCCCUCCCAUUAAAAAAAACUCCCCCUCCCCAUUAAAAAAGUAAAACACCCCUUCCCCCAACCCACCCUUAGAAAAUGAGCACCCUCCUAAUUUGAAAGACUGGUAUACCAUGUAGGUCGAAUUCUGUCUCUUUGCUGGCACAAAGAUGGUCAAGUUUUAGUCGCAGGAGGAUCAGAUGCAACAAUCAGAGUGUACGAAGUUUCCACAGGUAAAAAUCGAGAAGCAAAUUAUUAUUUUGAAAAGUCUGUACCAGUGUACGUAGUCCCAAUAAUAACAAAGUUGAGGAUUGGUAGGGACUAACUUCCCGACAAAGGGCUUUUGCUCAAAAUGUCGGAGUUCUCCUUGUAUUUUUCAGGUAGUUGUAUCCCUAUCAAUGCACAGCUAUCUCACUAGAUACUUAUCCAUUGAGAAAUGUGGUUUACUCCCUGUAGGUCAUGCAAGGCUUCGAAUCACGUUGGAUAAUUUCAAUCAAAGAAACACGCUUGUUUGGUCUUUGGUAGUCACAAGGUAAAUAGACAUCUAGAUAGAAUUGAACUGGAAGGUCAAAACUAUUAUUAAACUACAUUAAACCCUUACUAUGUCAUGAUGUUUUUUCACCAACUUGGUAGAGCAUUGGACGUGCAGGUUCAAUUCCAACCACAGUCAAGCAACUUUUACAGCUUGCCUGGCAUGGAGAAACGUCAGCAAGAAAAAAAAACACAUUAACUCAACAUCAUAAUUGACCACCAGAUGUUACAUGAUGUUGUUAUAAUUUCAGUGAUUUCACAAUCAUCAGUGGUGAUUCAUUGGGAAAGACACAAUUUUGGGAUGGCAAACUUGGAACACUGAUCAAGGUAUAGUGAAGAUUGUAUUGAAAUGAUGAUUUGUUUUUCACCCAAUCAAUUUAUUCCAGUUCCAAUUGUCAGCCAUGAUUCGGAUUGCUAAUAUUCUUGCAGAGUUUCAAUGUCCACAUUGCAGAUGUCCUGGCUGUCUGUGUUAACCAGGUAUGAUUGUUGCAAUUAGCAAAAUUCUACUGUAUAGAAUGUUUUGCUUAACCAUGCAUCAUGAUAAUCUUUUAUAGAAGGAAGAUACAGUCUAUGCCUCUGGAGUAGACAAUAAGUUAGUGCAGUUUAAACUUAUCACCGACAAGGUAAAUUUUCACAUUCUUUACAUCACUUACAAAAAUGACAAUAUGUAUAAUUAUUGCAAUGACAUUAUAGUACAUUACGAAUGAUGCCAAUUCAUUUCCAAUUAUACUCAUUUCUAGGACGGAAGCAAAACGUGGAGUAGAUCAAAUUCAACAAGAGCUCACACUCACGACAUAAGAGCAUUGGCCAUGAUAGAGAAAGAUGAAAAAUCAGCGCUGGUUUCAGGAGGUCAUUACACUUCGUUGUCUAUCAGAAAUAUUAAAAAUAUAAUAUGUUACCUUAAUUCUUAUUGCUCUGUCGUUUUGUAAUCAUCUGUUUUCUUUCAGGUGUUGAUACAAAUAUCAUGGUUUACUCCACAGCAAAAUAUGGCUGUUCAGAUCUCAGGAAAAUUCCAGCAUAUCCACUGGUAGAAUCUUACAGCUAUUUAGCACUAUUUGAUAUGAACCCAGACUUGUCUGAUUAUCUUUUUUCUGCAUUAAGUUUUCCACUUCCCUAUCUUACAAGAUAAAAUUGAAACUCUACAGCAGUUUCUUUCCAAUUUCGCUAGACUCCAGAAAUCCAUCUUGCAAGUCAAGCCCAGAUAUUGAUGUAUCAAAAGACAAAUGCACUCCAUUUUUGGAAACUUGGGAAAACAGGUGAAGACGCUAUUCUUCUUCGAUGUAACAGCUUGUUUGCGUUGCCAGAGCCUCCAUGCAAAGUUGAUGUACUAAAAAGGAAAACUUCUUCUGUUGUAGUGAAUGAAGAAAGUUGUCAUCUUCAAGAAAAUCCAUCGCAUUUCUUACAACUAGAAGCCAAGGUAACCGAGAAUUACUCUUCUACAAUGAACUGGACACGGACACGAUUAAAUUUUAGUAGUAUACGCUCAGCCUUAUUAUGUCUUAGAGGUACAAGAGUAAAUUUUAACACAACAUUUUGAAUUCGCUUGUGCAGAGGCGAACAUGUUUAAUUCUAUAAACUACCAUUAAUUUUAAAUUUAAUCAGAAAUAUAAACUGAAGUCCUUUUACAAUGUAAAUAUCCGUAUUUUUAUUAGUAUAUCGCGUAGUUAUUAUUGAACUUAAACUAGUUUAAAGCGAAGGUAACAGAUGAAAUAACAGCAAUCAAAAUAAAAUUUUGUUGUUUCUCUCUUUAAGAGUUCCAACCACAUUGUUUGUUCUGCAAUAUCGGAUGAUGGUUUAUGGACGGCAUUUUCAGAUAUUCAUCACAUCAGUUUAUUCAAGUUACAUCUGGUAUAUUUCAUGAUCUUCGCAACACUUCUAGUGUAGUAGUAGCGGUGAACUUGUUGUAGGAAGUUAACAAGUAUUUGGUUUGCUUUGAAGAUAAAGUUUUAAUAUAUUUUAUUUAGGACGACGACAAAUCUUCGGCUGUUCAACGGGUUGGUACUAUUAUAAUUGGUAGUAUUUUCUAUUUCUUUGCAAUGAAAAACCCGUCCUUUGCAGUUUACAGUUAGCAUAUAUACUAUACGUAAUACAUUGGUACAGUACUAUUCUAUUCCACAGGUAAAAUUUCUACCAGAGGAGAUCGUGCCAGGCCAUCGUAUGAAAUUUACAAAAGAUUGCUUAAAACUUAUUACAAUCACCAACAGAAAAUCAUUACAAGUAAGUGCAGCUUUCAGUCUCGCGUGUAUUUUCGACAGCGAAAUAACAAUCCCAUAAAUUUCUUUCUCGGUAACUUAUUAUAUUUCAGAUCAUCCAUUUGGAUACCGACUCGAUAACGGUUGAAACAGUUGAGUUUCCAGUGAACAAUACUACAAUUGAUCACAGAGAUUUGGGUGAGUAUAAGGCACAUUAGGACCUGCUCUUUCCAUUGGUAAUUCAAAAAAAGUGCCCUCUCCAUAGUCCGCCUUUUGACAAUUUAAAUAAAUACAAACAGGAAGAAGUGUUAACAUAAUAUACAUGUAAUAGUAUAGAACUAUUUACAAUUUAGAUUAAAAAAGUUUAACAGACGAAGGAAUAAAAGUGUUUAAAAAUCUGUUUCAGUUUUUCGUUUCCAUGCCUGCUGUAUAUCAUAGCCAUGUCUAUAUUUCACAUCUGCUAUGUUUAGAUCCUGACUCUCCAGUGACUGUGCUGGCUAUCAGCUCAGACGGGACGCUGUGUGCAAGUGCUGACAUUGCUGGCUCUAUUCAAGUCUUUGAUGUGCAAAAUACCAAGGUACGAUUAUGAAUUUAUUGCAUGAAUUACCUGUACACAACUUGGGGCAGUAAUCUUGUAUUUGGAGGCAAAUAAACGAGUGAGGGAGUUUAAUUUUCUUGUUCCUUGUAAGCACCAAUACAUGUUGUUUUGAGGUUGACCAUCCUCUGUUGCGCUUACUCACACCAUAGGUAAUAAAAACACUAACUUUAUAACUAUAUCCAUGCUGAAACCCACCAAUUUUGAAUAUUUUUCCAGCACCAUUGCACCCUACCAAGAUUUUCAAGACAAAUAACUGCCAUGGCUUUUCAACCUGAGACAAAUAUCUUAGUACUGGUUAAUACGGACAAGGAGGUGAAGUUUAAGAGUUGAAAUCGCUUUAUUUAAAUGGAGGAUGCUAACAUGGAUACUUGACGUCAUGUUUCGCUACAUGUCUGAGAUUCAUUCUUUUUCCAUUUCAGGUCUUCAUGUUUAAUAUUAGGAAGAUGAAAAUGACAGGCUGGUCAAAGAAAGCUUCCAAAGCAGGGCUGCCACAACAAUGGCAGAAAAUGCCAACAAAAGUUAUAAAUAUUUUGUUUGAUCCUUAUUGUAAAGACACGAUGUUGCUUCAGAGCCAUGAUAUGUUCGUGUUGCUUGAUACGACCAAGGUAUGUCGGUUCGUUGCUUCACACCUGUAUAGCCUGAUUAUCGCACGACUUUUACAAUGGGAUUUUUCUUGUUUCCAAUUCUUACUUCAUUCAACAUGGUGGAAAUCUCUCUGUUCUUAGAAUCCUUGGGAAUUGAUUGCACACACCCUGUAAGGCUUGCAGUGAUAAGCCUUGGGGUUAAAAAAGGUUUCUGUUAAAAAAUGUUUCUUCGUUAUUUAUCCAGCCAUUACCGUCAAAAAGUAUAAAAUUGUUCGAAACGAAACGAGACAAAUUUGAAGCCCGUAUUGGGAAGAAAAGAAAACACAGCGAGUCUGUGAAGACCACUGAACGAGAAGAGAUAGAACAAUCAGAAGCUUUCAAAAUAUGCAAGAAAUAUCAGGUAGGAAUUCUUGACAUUUACAGUACAUCUUCUUGUACAGAUCUUCUUCUAUCCAUUUCUUUUUCGGUUUCUCCCGUCUUCUGUUCCCUUUAUCUCCAGCUCCAUGUCUCAUGACUAACUUUCCUUCAUCUCUAAUUACACUGACCAACUCUCUCUUUCAUCUCUUCUUAUUACGUGUCCACAUCAACUCAACCUUGCUUCCCUCACCUUCUCUGCAAUGUCUACCACCACAUCUUCUGAUCUCGUCAUUCCAUAAUGUCUCUGACCAGCUCUCCUUCAUCUCUUCUUAUCACGUGUCCAUACCAUCUCAACCUUGCUUCCCUCACCUUCUCUGCAAUACCUACCACCCCACAUCUUCAGAUCUCUUCAUUUCAUGACUCACAAAAUAAGUUUCAUAUUAGCACAUAACUGAGUUCUUCAUGUUUUCCCUUUCAGCCUUUACUGUUCCUUGGUGUGAACGAUGAUAAAUCUGUGGUAACUGUAGAAAGAUCUUGGUUGUCAAUAAUGGAGAGUUUGCCGCCAACACUACAUCGCAAGAGAUAUGGAACAUAACCAACUACACUCUCUCGUUACUGUGCUAACUACGGUCGCAGUGAAGUAUUGGAGGACCGUUCAUUAUAGCCUGCACGAAAAUACACCCGCAAUGGGUUAAACAUGCAAGGAAUUGGGCUUUCAAAGUUUCUGCUUUUCCUAACAAUCAAACAACUAUAUCCAACCCAGCACGUCUGAUAUCGUCUCUAUAUAAAAGGUCUGAACGUUUCACAAAGGUCAUUGCAAUCUGUCAUAUCCAGAAAGCAAGUAAUUUUUGUAUGACUUGUGACAAGCCCAUCAUUAUCAUAAAUAAAAUAUCAGUCUAACUAAACAUUAACUUAUCUAUACGCUGUGCGUUGACAUUGUCAUGAAUAAAUAUCAAUGUUAAGAAAUACUUUAGUUAUUUUGUAGCAAAGCUAUUCGUUGGCUAAACCAAUCAUUGGUACAGUAUUCCAACUACUGCUAUCUAAUUCUUCAAGUUUAAAACUUAUCUGUGAGUUUUUGUCCUGCAUUUUCUCCGCGAUGUGACAAUGCAUUGGUCCAAGAUAUUUGUUCAGAACGGAAUUCACAUUAUACGUCUAUAGAGAAAAAAA